UAUUCCUCCCAGCUUCCAAAUUACAAAAUGGAAAAAUGCGAUAUUUGUCACCAGAAGUUUUCCAAUAAGACAAACUUGAAUCGUCAUAAGGUGAUGCACAGUGGAAAAAAGAAGUUUGAAUGUCAGUUCUGCAGAAGACCUUUUUUUCGGAAUGAUCGGAUGAAAGAGCACAUGAUGACCCAUAUCAAGAAAGGAAAUACCUUUGAAUGUCCCAUCACAGCGUGCAAUUCAAAGUUCAACAGCUUCACGAGUUUGCAGUUUCAUGUAGAUUCGGAGCAUAUCAUAAGAGGAUCGUCUCCAGCUAAAUGUAAAUCUUGCAUCAAAUGGUUCAACAGUUCCCAUCGUCUUCUGCUUCAUUUUCAUACUGCACACCUGGAUCAUACGAAAUUCUUCUCUUUCAAACCUGCUCCAAUUCUUCCAAAAUCCACUACUUCAAUCUUGAACCCCAUCAAGAAUCCAGAUGAUUUUGAUAGAAUCUUUGACUUUUUCAAAACUGAAAUCGCACCACUCUUUCCGCUUCAUAGCACUGUUUCACAAGCCCCAUUGCCACAGUGCUCUAGAUCUGUAAAAUCCGCAAAAGAGUUGUCUCCAACACCAUCUACGGAAAUCGAAACUCCCGAAGAAGAAGAGUUGGAUGGUCCAGAGAGCUGGUACUGCGAUUACUGUAAAAUCAGAUUCGAUGACAAAGUGAUGUGGUAUUUGCACAGUGGACUCCACUCAGAUGAUAUUCCGUUCAAAUGCUCACUUUGUGGAAGCCUAUGCGAUGGAAAAUAUGAUUUUGCUGCUCAUCUCGUUUACGCCAAUCAUAACUUCUAAAAUAUAAAAAUGUCGAUUCUUUUUCAAAGUUAUAGCAUGGUUCAAUUUAUUGUUAAGUACCAGCAUCAAUCUUAUCAAUAAUGUUCCUCAUCUUCUGUUGGGAUGUUUUAAAAUACUUAACUCUGUUCUUGUGUGAAUUAAUUGUUACAUUUGUUUCUGUUAAUUGUUUUAUAUAUUUGAAAGUUAGAAAUAUGAUUUUCUCAAUUA